AUGGUAUUUCAGAUCAUUUUGUUAUUGUGUUCCAUUUAUGCAAUAUUUGUACAAGCAGCGGAUUUAGCAAUUAAUAGUUCAUGUGAAGAACGCUGUGGGACUGUUAGCAUUCCAUACCCUUUUGGAAUAGGAGCUGGUUGCUACCUUGAUCACUGGUUUGAAGUAGUUUGCAAUAAUAACGACUCUUGGGCUCCCAAACCUGUUUUGAAGAAGCUCGACUUGGAGGUGCUCAACAUUUCAUUAAAAAAUUAUAGCCAAUCAAGCAGGCGUACAGUUAUCGUCAAUUAUCCGACAUUUUCUAUUUGUAAUAAUGGUUCAAAUAGCACAGAAAAUAUGAAGUUAGAAAACAGCCCUUUCAUCUUCUCCGUGUACGACAACGUAUUCGUGGCCAUGGGUUGCGACAACUUUGCCACAAUGACGUCCUCAGAUGGUUCAGUUACUGGGUGCGCUUCAUUUUGUGAUACGGGUAAAGUGAUGAAUAAUACUCGUUGCAGCGGCAUUAACUGCUGCCAAACCACAAUUGCCUCAAAUCUCGAUGCCUUCAAUACAACUAUAAAAACAAUAAAUAGCAAGGAGCCUAGCAUCGAAGGAUGCAAGUAUGCAUUCUUGGUAGAAGAAAAGUGGUUCCAGGCCGCAUACCCAUUCUCAAAUAUGUCGACGUACGCUCGUGUGGCGUUGGAAUGGGGGAUUCCAAAUACAUCAUUAACCAUCCCCCUUCCAAUGGCCAAUUGGGCCAAUAAUGGGCGGAACCGCAACCCCGAGUACGAUUGUUAUGAUAGUUUUAUUCCAGCGAGUAACCCAAAUAGCUCACGUGUUUCAUGUUAUUGCGAAAGCGGCUUUGAAGGAAAUGCCUAUCUUCUUGGAGGAUGUAAAGAUAUUGACGAAUGCGAGCGCUCAAACCCUUGUUCCGAUCACAAUACAGCCGGGACUAAUGGGAGUCACUGUGAAAAUACUUAUGGGUCUUACAAUUGUUCGACAAGUGGCCCCACCAAGUCUUAUGGAAAAGCGACCAUGAUAGGGCUUAUCAGUGGCGGUCUUGGGUUAUUGGUUAUACUUGUUGGUGGAUGGUGGUCCUACAAAUUGAUAAAGAAAAGGAGGAUGAUUAAACAGAAGAACAUCUUCAAACGAUUGUUAAAACAACACUUGUCUUCACAUGAAGCCAAUGUUGAGAACACCAAAUUGUUUAAUUUUAAAGAUUUGGACAAGGCCACUGACCAUUUUAAUGUGAAUAGAAUACUUGGCCAGGGAGGACAAGGCACUGUUUACAAAGGUAUGUUGGUGGAUGGAAGAAUCGUUGCUGUGAAAAAGUGCAGAGUAAUUGAUGAAGGAGAACUCAAAGAAUUCAUUAAUGAAGUUGUCAUUCUUUCACAAAUUAACCACAGGAAUGUGGUUAAGCUGAUUGGUUGUUGUUUGGAGACCGAAGUUACUCUUCUAGUUUAUGAAUACAUUCCUAAUGGAACGCUUUUCCAAUAUGUUAACGGACAAAUUGAGGAGUUUCCACUAACAUGGAAUAUGCGCUUGCGAAUUGCAACUGAAGUAGCAGGAGCUCUCUUUUACUUACACUCAGCAGCUUCCUCGCCCAUUUAUCAUCGGGAUAUUAAGUCUACAAACAUACUCUUAGAUGAAAAGUACAGAGCUAAAGUAGCUGAUUUUGGGACUUCAAGAUCCAUCACUGUUGAUCAAACUCACUUAACCACACUAGUGCAUGGCACUUUUGGAUACUUGGACCCUGAGUAUUUCCAAUCAAGCCAAUUUACAGAAAAGAGUGAUGUUUAUAGUUUCGGCGUUGUUCUUGCUGAGCUGUUAACUGGCGAAAAAGCAAUCUCUUCAACAAGGAUGCAAGAAUCCAAAAGUUUAGCGACAUAUUUCAUUCAAUCCAUGGAGGAGAACAAUUUGUUUGAUAUUCUUGAUAGUCAAGUUUUGAAGGAAGGUAAAAAAGAAGAGAUCAUUGCGGUCGCAAACCUUGCAAAAAUGUGCUUGUACUUAAACGGGAAGAAACGGCCUACGAUGAAAGAAGUCGCAAAGGAGUUGGAGAUGGUACAAAUGCCACAAAAAGCUCAUAACCUUCAACAAAACUAUGAAGAGCUUGAAUAUGAUCGAGCAGAAAUGUACGAGCCAUCGGAUGCUGAAUCCAAAUCAACAAUGUCAACCUCAUCCGGAAACGUCCAACCAUUAUUACCUUACCAAUCUGCAUGAAUCAGUAUUUGUUUGAUGCCAUUUUAUAGGCUAAAUAAUUUUCUGUUUACGUUGUAAUUUUCAAAAAUCAUCUAAGAACAUGGAUUAACCAUAUCCAAUUCUAAUGAUAGUAUAAGAUAGCAAAAAGCUCCAUGUUCAAGGAUCUAUUUUUGUUGUUGGUGAUACA